AUGGCUUUUUCUUUUGGCACUAAUACCAAUACUCAAGCAACCGCUUUUGGAGCCGCUGCAAAACCUACAUUUUCAUUUGGAAACUCGGCAACAAACACAUUUGGCACUACUACGACAUCCUCAGGUUUCGGAUCAUUUGGAGCAACAGCAACCAGCACUGGUGCACCGUUCGGUGCACUAGGAACAGCGCCUGCCUCUACAGCACCUUCGCUAUUUGGUGGAGCUGGUUUUGGAAGCACUCCAGCUAAGCCUACUAUAGGUUUUGGUGGAGGCACAUUUAGCACAAACACUUUUGGCACAGGAAACACAUUUGGAACAGGAGCCACAUCAUUUGGUACAGGAGCAACAACUUUUGGCAGUGCUGCACCAACAUUUGGAAGUAAUACACUUGGUACCAACACAUUUGGCACAGGCAAUACAUUUGGUGCAGGUAGCAACUUUGCAUCCACAUUUGGAAAGCCUGCUACUGGUUUUGGUGGUUUUGGUACAGGUCUUGGAACAACACCACAAUUUGGUCAACCUCAGCAACAGCAGCAGCAACAACCGCAGCAGCAAGGUCCGACGACAGCGCAUGAGGCACUCGUAGCAGCGGUCUUUAAUUGUUGUGUGUUUGGAGACGAACGAGACCAAGUACUUGCAAAAUGGAAUCUUAUUCAAGCGAAGUGGGGCACUGGCCAAGCGUACUACAGCCGCAAUGCACCUCCACUGGAGCUUAAUGAACAGAAUCCUUUGUGCAGAUUCAAAGCAGUGGGAUACUCUAGGCUCGGGGGACGCGACGAUAAAGAUGGUCACGUGGCUAUGAUGUUUAACAAGUCGGAACAAGAUAUAAAAAAUAAUCAGCAGCUUGUGCAGACGUCUUUGCACACAAUGUUGGGGAACAAACCAAAUUUGUCAGUCAACAUUGAUUCUGUUAAGGCAGUUUCAGAAAAUAAAAGCCAGGUUGUUAUAUAUGUAGUGGACAAGGGCGCCGGUAACUCGCACGUAUCCGCCGCCGAGUUGAGUGCCUUUCUCAACAGUGGUAGUGCGCGUUCAUCGCUCGCUAACGCUGGAUGCACUUCCGUGUCCCCUGUGACGCCCCCUACACCCCAAAUGUUAACUCAGUACCUGCAGACACCGCCACCCGGUAUGGAUAUGCGGCUAUGGAAACAAGCACAAGCCGAUAAUCCUGAUCCAGAAAACUAUAUUCCUGUUCCUAUGAUUGGAUUCUCAGAGAUCAAGUUCCGCAGCGGGUGCCAGGCGGAGCAGUCCCGCAUGCAGGCGCAGUGGCUGCGGCGCGCGGCCGGCGAGCUGGACGAGCUGCGCGCGCGCCGCGCCGCCGCCGGCGCCCGCCUCGCGCACCUCGCCUCGCGCCUGCACGCGCUGCGACACACUCUGCUGCAGGUGGUAUCUCGCCAAGAAGUAACGGGGCGCGUGGGCGCGGCGCUGAGCCCCGAGGAAGAGGCCGCGCGGGCGCGCCUGCACGAGCUCACCUCCCAACUCGCCGCACCACCGCUUUAUAAUGGUCGUCUGAACGAGUUAUUGUGUGCCGUGCGUCUGCAGCGUAGCGCAAGCGCAGGAGCGCCUCACGAACGCUAUCACCUUGACCCCGGUGCACAAGAAGACGUGAAGCAGUUCUUGUCGUUACAACAACGUGGUAUGGCUCAUCUUUUAGACACGGCUCGCAAGGAUCUCGCCGCCCUCAAUACCAUUGCGGAAGGUAUGGCUCGCCUUGUGCGAGCUUAG